UUCACUAUUCAGAUCUCUCCACACAAUCACAGACACAAAUACACCCAGGGGUGCAAACCAAACUCAUUAGUCCUUUCUUAUCCUAAGUCCUAAAUUUGGGUUGUCAAAGAGUUUAAUCAGAGGUACAAAAUCUGACUUGUAUUAAACUACAGAUAGAAACCAAUUCAAACAUCAAAGUGGUCCUGUUCCUCUUGUUUGAUGUGUGUUCCUUCUUCUGCAAUGAUUUCUUCUACUCCAUUUUGUCAUCUCCUUAAUGGUUGUUUCUUUACCUACAGGACCAAGGGUCACAAAAGCACACUUGCACUUCCAUUAUUAUUUUUUUGUCUAAUGCAGUUGGUAUUCUCCACAUGAGUUAAUUCUGUUAGAGCCGAAAACAUUCAAAUCAUGGUACGUUAAUUCUCCCGCGAUUUUUUUUUUUCUAUUCACAUUACUCGAAUUUAAGACCUUACUUAAGGAAAAUCAAAUAUGUACCAUUUGAAGGAAGAACUUGUUGGUUUGCACUUGUAUAAUUGACAAGCUCAAACUCACACCAUUCUGAGAAGUGAAAACACCCAAAACACUUGCAAAUCCAUUCCCAUCAUACAAAUUUCUUAUCUCUUAACUUUCCUUUUGAUCUUCUCAAACUCCCAAAGAAACAUGGGCAGUGAAAAUCAUCACCAUCAUGACUUGUACCAUCAGAACCUGCAUAUCCAUAACAGAAGCACAUUCCUGCCAAUGCUAUGUUCAAGGACAUCCAUAAAAAGUGUGAGUCUUCCACAGAGAAGAGACCAUCAUCCAGGUUCCUUCUCCAUUAACCCUCUUUCCCCAAGAAUUGGUUGCAUGGGUCAGGUGAAGAGGGACAACAAAAUAGCACAACUUCCAACCUCACAACAACAUAGACUCAGCCUCACCACCACCAAAAGCAACACCACCUCCAUCUCUAUCUCCCCUAUUGUCAAGUAUUCUAAGCUCAAAAAGCUCUUCUCUGCCAAAAACUUAACCACCACCACAACUGCUCCUCCCUCCAGUUGUGGAAGGACGCAACGAGUGACCAAGGUUUUAAAUUGCGGUCGUGGUAGUGGUUGUGCUUCCAGCUGCGUUGUGGAAUUGCAGACAAAUACUAAUGGAUAUGGCCGCAAUUGCUGUCGUGAUGCCGGUGCGAGACUCCCACACUCUUCGCGUUCCGGACCGCAAUUUAAAUCCCUGCAGGUGACAACAGUAAGUGGUGCAGAUAUGUCCAGGAACAGAAACCAGAGGCGUGGUUGGAUUAGUAAUGAGAAUGUUAUUCCCAUAAGCAUUGAAAACAUGGAUCCUCCUCUCCCUGUGAUCAAGGGAGUGAGAAAGUCAGAUGAAGGAAAUAGUCUUUGGAAAAGGAGGUCAGGUGGGGUUGCAUUGAAAAGUUUAAAGCUUCCACAGAUUCACCAUCCAAGACAUCAUCUUCAGCUUACAAGUGUUUGAUGGGUGAUCAGAUCAGACAUAUUGAAAAGUCUUCUUUUUUCCUAUUUGUGAAAUUUAUACAUCAGAAUAUUAGAUAUAUAUUCUACAAGGUCUGUUUUUAUUUUGUGUUGCUUGAUUUCCUGGGGUAUCUCACAUAUGGCAGUUAUUCAGAAAAUCCUAGUUAUAUUGUAUGGCAUAUAUCAGUGAAUACAUCAUAAGAGAAUAACCAACAAUGUCGUGUACUUAUACAAGUGGCAUGUUUUGUACUAAGAAAUUAGCAAAAAUGGAUUUUGGUUUA